GGAAGACGUCUUUGUCACAGACCAAGUCGGAUGCAACACCACAGAUGGCAAAUGAGCCUCAAAAGCACAGCUACGUAUGUCAUGUACGUGAACCGGUUUCAGCGACGCUAAUGCGAUACCCAGGGAACCGCCAACUACUCGACCACACUCCAGAACGGGGCCUCGCAGAAGGCUAUGCAGGCGCUCGGCACGGAUACUGAUACUCCUCAGUCGGCAACUCGAAAGCGCCUGCCCAUGACCUGGAUGCUACCCAAAUCUGCAACCUUCACCUUGAAGAAGUCAGAUGUUACGCGCAGUACGACUAGCCCGUCACUGCUUUCAGCUGAGCGCUUUAAGAACCGAGCGUCCGCUUCCUCGACCCGUUCGCCGAGCUCCGCCUCAUCUAAUCUCACACGAUCGAUCCCAUCGCAAGCUGGUGCGCGCCGACCAGGUCCAUCCAGGUUGGGAGCGACAGAGUCGGCGACGCGAGAUCUUGACUCUAUCCUUAAUGACAACUCCAGCAAGGAGACCCAGGUUGUUGAGCAGGAUGCAACAGACACUGCUCUGAGAAUCAAAGCUAAACGCAGCUUCCGGAACAUCUUCCACAGACACGACCCCAAAGCUACAUCGCAGCCGGCCAGGAAUCAAGAUUCGAAGCGCUCUUCUGCCGCCGGAAGUGCCCUGGCUCAGCGCAUCAGGAACUCUACCAACUUCUCCAAGGUUAGCUUAGCAAAGCCAUCUGAGGUCAAGCCAGAAGUUAAGCAAGAGUCCGUGGUCUUCCCAGACAGUGUCGAGGCAUUAGACAAAGAGACCGAUCGUCAGGCCACGCUGUCUGCCCUCGAGUCUGGUUCAGCAGAGACUGCUUCACGACCUACGCAUAUUGCUCACUACAACACUGCGACUGUGGUCCACAAGAUCCUCGACCGUGUGACGUCCAUGAAAGAGAGCUCUCCGGACCGUCUCCGAGGCCUCGAAAUUGCAGAGGCUGUCUUACAUGCCGUCGAGUGCUCCAAGGAGGCAAAACUGAGCGCUGAGCUAGCCAGGAAACAUGCGCGCGAUGCAGAGCUGAAUGCUGAUCGUGCGGGUAUCGAGCUGAAGCGGCUGGAGAAGCUGUGUGAGUCUAGCUUCGAUGACGAGACGAUGCUAGCGAUCAAGCAGUUGAUUGUGGCGGCUGGCAUCAUCAAGCUUUCUGAGACCACGGGAAAUUGAGACCUGCAUUGGAGCUGUCAGAUGGAAGCUUGGGCUUCACCCUGCGUCCUGCUAGCCUGAUGGCUUGUCAUGACGGAUGAUAUUGCAACGAUUGAAAUGUACGAUUGAUU